AUGAUUCAGCAGUCAGUGCAGUUUGGUGGUUUGGCAGAUGAAGAUCCAAACUUACAUAUUGCAAAUUUCCUGGAGAUUUGUGAUACUUUUAAGCACAAUGGAGUUUUUGACGAAGCUAUAAGACUAAGAUUGUUCCCAUUUUCAUUGAGAGACAAAGCUAAGAGCUGGUGGAUACAGAGUCACUAUACGAAGCAUGGGAAAGGUUCAAGGACAUGCUCCGAAGAUGUCCCUACCAUGAAUUAUCGGUUUGGCUGUAAGAAGACACCAAAACAAGCUUAUGAAUUGCUAGAGGAAAUGACUUCAAACUCUUAUCAAUGGCUGAUAGAGAGGUUGCCUGUGAGAAGAACGUCGGGUGUUCAUAACAUAGAUUUUAUCAUAGCUUUGGCAGCACAAAUACAGACAAGAAUUCAGAAUCAAGAGGCUUCCAUCAAGAAUUUAGAAGCUCAAAUUGGCCAAUUGGCCAAUGUCAUUUCGGGUAGACAACAAGGGCAUUUACCAAGUGACACGGAAAGGAACCCAAAGGAGCAAUGUAAGGCCAUAACCUUGAGAGAUGGAAAGGUGAUUGGUGAAGAAGAAUCACAAAAGAAGGCAAAAAGUGAAGCAAAGUUACCGGUCUCUAUUGAAGAAAAGAAAGCGAAUUCAGAAAAAGACACAGAGACUAAGGUAAAAGAAAUUGCAAGAGGUAAAGGAAAAGGUGAUCACAGAGAAGAAGUUUUGCAGAAGGACUCUUUGGAGAGAUGUCUAAUGGAGUCAAGCACAACAGAAGAUGAAGACCCGUGCUUGAGAGAAGAAGCUGAAGCAAGUAGUACAAAAGGAAGUUGUAAAAUUACUUAUGCAGGUAUUAUUUAUCCUAUCUCUGAUAGUAAUUAGGUUAGUCCUGUGCAAGUAGUGCCUAAGAAAGGGGGGAUGACUGUGGUGAAGAAUGAAAAUAAUGAGCUUAUCCCCACUAGGAUGGUCACUAGAUGGCGUGUGUGUAUAGACUAUAGAAGAUUAAAUUCUGCCACUAGAAAAGACCAUUUCCCAUUGCCAUUUAUUGAUCAGAUGUUAGAGAGAUUAGCGGGUAAUAAAUUUUACUAUUUUCUUGAUGGCUAUUCUAGUUAUUAUCAAAUUCCUAUUGCUCCAGAGGACCAAGAGAAAACAACAUUUACUUGUCCUUAUGGCACAUUCGCUUAUCGACGUAUGCCAUUUGGUUUAUGUAAUGUGCCAGCUACUUUCCAACGUUGCAUGAUGUCAAUUUUCUCUAACAUGACUGAAAAAUUUCUGGAAAUUUUCAUGGAUGAUUUUACGUUGUAUGGACUAACCUUUGAAUCUUGUUUGCAAAAUCUUGCGUUAGUUUUACAGCGUUGUGAGGAAUCAAAUCUUGUGCUGAAUUGGGAGAAGUGUCAUUUUAUGGUACGAGAAGGUAUCGUGCUUGGACACAAGAUCUCUAAGCGAGGGAUUGAGGUUGAUAAAGCAAAAGUGGAAGUGAUUGAAACAUUACCUCCUCCAACAACGGUUCGAGCAGUCAGAAGUUUCCUUGGCCAUACAGCAUUUUAUAGAAGAUUUAUUAAAGAUUUCUCAAAAAUUGCAAAACCCCUUUCUAAUCUUCUUGCCAAGGAUAUAAAAUUUAACUUUCGUUCUGAAUGUUUGCAGGCCUUUAAUUUGCUGAAGGAGAAGCUAGUGACAACACCAAUAGUGGUCACACCAGAUUGGAACAACCCCUUUGAAAUCAUGUGUGACGCGAGUGACUAUGCCAUCGAUGCUGCUCUCGGUCAAAGGAAAGACAAAAUGUUUCAGGGCAUAUCCUAUGCCAGUCAUACCUUAAAUGGUCCACAACUAAACUAUACAACAACCGAGAAAGAAUUACUAGCAAUGGUUUUCGCAUUCGAGAAGUUUAGAUCCUACCUCAUAGGCACAAAAUCAAUAGUCUACACAGAUCACGCAACUCUACAACAUCUCUUUGCUGAGAAGGAGGCCAAACCAUGCCUUAUCGGAUGGGUCCUUCUACUUCAAGAGUUUGAUUUGGAGAUUAAAGAUCGAAAGGGGACAGAAAAUCAAGUUGCUGAUCAUUUGUCCCGACUAGAUAAUUCAAUCCUUGAAGAGGGAGAUAUUAGUGCAGAAUUUCUUGAUGAGCAAAUUCUAUCUCUUGACUCUUCUUUUUCUAAAUCUCCAUGGUUUCCUGAUUGGGCUAAUUUUCUUGCAGGAGGCUGGAUCCCAAAGCAUUUUACAUUCCAGCAAAGGAAGAAAUUUUUGGCUGAUGUAAGUGAGCUAGAUGAAUUUCGUCAUUGGGCAUACGAGAGUGCUAGUUUGUACAAGGAGGAGACAAAGAGAUGGCAUGAUAGGCACAUUGUGAAAAGGGAGUUCGAGUCGGGACAACAAGUUCUUCUUUACAAUAGUUGUCUUCGUCUUUUCCCAGGAAAGCUGAAAUCAAGAUGGACGGGUCCAUAUGAGGUAAUUCAGGUAACACCUUUUGGAGCAAUUGAGAUCCACCAUGGAAAGACAGGUGAAACGUUUAAAGUUAAUGGACAUCGCUUGAAGCACUAUGUUGGAGGAUGUUUCGAUCCAAACACGUUGUCCGUCCAGUUUCUUGAAUGA